AUGCCAAAGCGCGACCGCCAGCCCGAGCACUGGGGCUCGCUCGUCCCGCACAACUCCAUGCACGGCCGCCGUCCCGUGCCGCUCUCCCGCUCGACAGUCGUCAUUGGCAAAGGAGGCGACGUGCGAGCGCCGUCCAACCCGCAUCUUUCGAGGCACCACAUCCGGCUCGAGCGAGAGGGCGACGGCAGCGUGUACGCGACGCACCUCUCCGCGCUGAAUUCGACAUGGCUAAACGGCAAACGCCUCGAGCACGACCGGCGGACGCUCGUCGAGCCGUGCGCUGGCAACGCGCCGUACAGCCUCAGAGGCGAGGCGCCCGACGCACCGCUCCUCUUUGUGAGCGUGCCGAACGCAGCCAGUGCACGCGCGGCCUGCGAGGAGGGGAAGCUCAACGGCUGGUGCGGCUGGUCGUUGCGCCUCGAGCGAGCGGGCGACUGCGUUGCCGCUCCUGAGCGGCGCGCGAAAGAGACCAUCUUCCGCGGCGUGCGGCUGCUGCUGGCGGCGCGGCUCGGCGACACGCUGCGCGAGCUGCAGGAGGAGGUGGUGCGGCGCGGCGGCGGAGAGGUCGUAAGCGACGUGCGCGAGGCGACGCACUUGGCGCUCGAGUCGAACCGCCGCCCCUCCGAGCUGGCGUGCCUGGCCGCGCUGCCGGAGGCCGAGUGGCCGCGCCUCGUGACGAAAGACUGGGUCGGGCAGUGCUCCAAGGUCCUCUCCGCCGACGGGUCGCGGACCGACGUGCUGCGCAAGCACUUGCACCCCAGCGCGGUGGCUGCGGCGCGCGAGCCCGCCUCGCCCGAGGCGUCUGUGGGACCCGAGCCAGGUGGGGCGAGGCCGACGCGCUCGAGUUGCAAUCUUUGCCAAUGGGUCGGAGGCGGUGGAGGGCCGGCGGGGGCGCAGGGUCUCGCAGGGCCGAGUGCGCUGAGCGAACCGCCCGCGUCCGACGCCUUCUUUGUCCGCGACCCGCCGUCGCCGCCGCUGGAGUUCAAGCGUGCUAAGGAGAAGGCGAGGGGCGACAAGAAGGCGGGGACGUCGGCGAAGAGCUCGCAUAGUCGGGCAUGGGGCGACAGCCGCGAGAGGAACGCGCUCAGGCACCACUGCGCGCUGGCGGAGCCGUACAAGAAGGCGGAGGACGACGAGCGGCUGAGCGAGGAGGUUUGGAUCGCGACGGAGAAGUUCGAUGGCGUGCGCAUGGUCUCGGACCCGCCGCACGGAUGCACGACUCGAAGCGGCAAGAACCACUUCUGGCCGCCGCCCUCCUUCCUCGCGCUGCUGCCGCAGGCGCGGCUUCACGGCGCGCACUGA